UUUGCAGAAAUAGUAAAGGAGGUUGAGGUGCCACAGGCUGCCCUGGAUGCCCCAGCCCCUGGGACAGGGGACAGCUGCCACUUGCCUGUGGCUGAGGAGGAGGAGGUGGGAAUCCCGAUACCGGCACCUGGGCUCCUGCAGGUCACAGAAAGGAGGCAGCCCCUCAGCAGCGUGUCCUCCCUGGAGGUGCACUUUGACCUCCUGGACCUCACCGAGCUGACCGACAUGUCCGACCAGGAGCUGGCCGAGGUCUUUGUUGACUCCGAUGAUGAGAACCUGACUGGUGGAUCGCCAGCAGGCCUACACCCACUGUCCCGGCCCGGCUGUCUGCGAUCCCCAUCCUGGACUCGUACCAGGACUGAGCAGAACCGUGAGAAGCCACACCUUGGCGACCCUGAGCGGCAGCCAGCAAUUGUGGACACAUUUCUCACUGUGGAGAGGCCCAAGGAGGACUAGGCCAGCCAGCCCCGGGACCUGAGGAAAUUCGAUGUAGUGGGUUGGGGUCUCGAGGUACCCAGCACAAGCACAGCCCCUUGGCCUUAUGUCCAAUUCCUUCCUGAUCCUUGGAUCAGGGCUGACGUGCCCAGGGACAAGACAGGAGUGGACUGGGCCUUCUGGAAACUUCUGUCUGCAGGACUGGUGCUCUUGUCUGUCACAGGAUUCCCAAGUGGAUGCUGGGUGAGGGGGGACCUGAGUAGAUGACAGCUCCUGGGGUCUAGCUAAGUACGAGGGUGGAAGAGUCAAUCCUGAAAAUUGCCACCUUGAUUGCAAUCCUGUCCCCUUCUGGCCACCCAGGGAGCAGUGCCAGCACUGGGGCCCCUCCUAGGCCCUAAAACCCUGCUUGUCCUGGUCCCUAC